AUGUCCUACCCAGAAGUGGCAGCUUUUGACUUGGAUUACACAGUUUGGCCAUGUUUUUGCGACACUCACUUGAACCCACCUUUUAAGCCGGUGGCUAGCAAGAAUGGUGAGGUCCGUACGCUCAUAGAUUCAUAUGGCUACGAAAUCUCCUUCUACAAAGACGUUCCGCGUAUUUUGCAGGAUCUGAAAAGCCACGACGUCAAGAUAGUCUCCGCAUCAAGAACGUGGGCACCGGAAAUUGCGCAAGAUUUGCUAAGAGCAUUUAAAGUCGAGUAUAACGGUGAGAUCGUACCGUUAAUUACCCUGUUCGAUUCCUUACAAUGGGGUGAAAAGAGUAAAGUCAUUCACAUCCGUCAGGGCAUUCAAGAAAUCUUUGGCAAAAAAGCAGAUAUAAGAGAUUACAAGUCAUGUCUUUUCGAUGAUGAAACAAGAAACCGAGACGUUGAAAAAUAUGGCGUGAAAUACGUGUACGUCCGCGAUCCUGAAAAGGGAACCACUUGGGAACUGUACCAGAAAUACCUUAACGACAACUAA